AUGGGCUCCCGACAUGAGACAAAUUCAAGCGCUGUGCGCAAAAGGAUUGAAAAUCAUGACUUCAGCAAUGAGGCAGGAGAAGAGUAUGAAGCCUCCAGCUUUGGCGGGUUUGGGGACUACAUGCGGCGGAAAAAAAUGAAGCUGCAGAACCUCGACGCUGAAAUCAGAGCCUCAGCUGGUGACUGCCCUCCGAUAUUCCGUGGCGUGGUUGCCCAUGUGAAUGGAUAUACCCAGCCUUCACUUCAAGAUCUUCAUCGCCUGAUUGUGAGCCACGGGGGUGGCUUUCUCCAAUAUCUGGAUGGCAAGACUGUGGCAACACAUGUCAUUGCCAGUGCUCUCACGCCCAAGAAAUGUGAAGAGUUCCGUCGAUAUCGCAUAGUGAAACCAGCAUGGGUGACCGACAGUAUAAAGACAGGACGCCUCCUUCCAUGGGACGAAUAUAGAGUUGUAGAUGAAGGCCAAGCACAAAAGGUGCUCAAAUUUGGCGAUGGCCGGUUCAUAAGCCAGACAAAUAGCCCCCGAACUGGCUACAAGGAGCAAACAAGGACCAGUUGGUAUAACUCCCAACUGAGAGCCGGGAGCUUAGGUGGCCAAGAGGACCUUGGAUCAUCAUCGAAACCGGCGACACCAUCUGCAGCACCACAAUCAGCACAAAAACCAACACCAACCUUGCCCAGCCAGCCAUCCCAAUCAGACUACGGCGACUUCCCUAGCUUCACCACGGAAGGCGAAGCAGGAGAACAGACACUCACUCAACCUCAACAUCAUACACCCGUCAGUGACCGACUUGUACAAACUCCGAGGCAAGCCCCAAGUUUAAAGGAGGACACUGCACCAGAGCCAUCAUCUGUUGUCAUAGAGGAACCCUCACUUUUUCAGCCAAGUCCUAACAAACCCGACCUCACAUCUGAAGAAUACAAUGCCCAGCUUCUUUCUGACCCACGAAUGCAAAAGUCCAGUGUCAGCAAUCCCGAUUUUCUGCAGCAGUAUUACAGAGAGUCCCGUCUACAUCAUCUUUCGACCUGGAAAGCAGAAUUGAAGACUCAGCUCCAAGCAGCAACGAAAGAAAAGUCGCUGUCUCAAACAUCAAAAAAUAAGUCACCACCAGGUGCACGGAGAUACAUCUUGCAUGUUGACUUCGACUCUUUUUUCGCAGCUGUAUCCCUUCUCAAGCACCCUGAACUGCAAGAUAAGCCGGUUGCCAUUGCUCAUGGCUCUGGAUCUGGCUCUGAGAUUGCCAGUUGCAACUACCCUGCACGUGCGAAAGGCGUUAGAAAUGGAACGUGGAUGAAGGGUGCUUUACAAGCGUGUCCCGAUCUGAAAGUCCUCCCUUACGAUUUUCCUGCCUACGAAGAUGCCAGCCGCAAGUUCUACAGCUCAAUACUUGCUAUUGAUGGGAUCGUGCAAAGUGUCAGCAUUGAUGAGGCAUUGAUCGAUGUCAGCAAAUCAUGUAUAGACGCCGGUGGUUCAGAUGGCAAUGCUAUUUCAGAGGGGUCCGUUGAUCGUGAACAGGCCAAAGCAGAGGAACUAGCUCGAGAUCUACGGGAUUCCAUAAAAGAGAAGACCGGAUGUGCAGUCUCAGUUGGCAUUGGUAGCAAUAUUCUGCUUGCAAAAGUCGCACUCAGAAAGGCCAAGCCUGCCGGCCAAUUCCAAUUGAAGCCUGAAGCUGUCCUGGACUUUAUUGGAAACCUCACAGUCCAAGACCUCCCAGGAUUUGGAUAUAACAUGGGAACCAAGAUGGAAGGACUUGGAGUAAAAUAUGUGAAAGACAUCAGGGAUCUCACCAAAGAGAAAUUGAUCUCUGGAUUGGGUCCCAAAAUUGGCAUCAAAUUGUGGGAAUACUCCCGUGGAAUUGAUCGAGCAGAAGUUGGCGACCAAGUUGUAAGGAAAUCGGUCUCGGCUGAGGUCAACUGGGGCAUCCGAUUUAUCAACCAGGAACAGGCAGAUGACUUCGUGAAAUCUUUGUGCGAGGAAUUGAAUCGCAGACUGAUGGAAAACCUUGUAAAGGGCAAGCAGCUCACACUCAAGGUUAUGCGACGAGCGAUGGAUGCACCGCUGGAGCCAGUCAAGCAUUUAGGACACGGGAAGUGUGAUACCUUUAACAAAAGCGUUACCCUUGGCGUUGCGACAAAUGCACCAGACAUCAUUGGCAAGGAAGCCAUCUCAAUGCUGAGAAGCUUCAAGUUCUCACCUGGAGAUUUGAGAGGGCUUGGGGUACAAAUGACCAGACUUGAACCGGUCAAGACAGGCUCCUCCGGCCUGGACAGUAGCCAACGACAGCUCAACUUUUUCAAAUCACCACCGCGAAAGAAGAUUAUGGCAGACAUAGAUCCCGAUGAACUUGAAAGUCCAAGUAAAGAGGAUUCUGUUCGCAUUCAAGCAGACCCAGUACUCAGCGAUAGUGCCCACAAGCCUCUCAAUGUUUCGGGGUCUCAGUUCAUCAUGCCAACUCAAGCAGACCCCAAAGUCGUCUCGGAGCUGCCAGCGGAUAUCAGGUCAAGGCUUGUUGCCCAAGCAAAACCUCGACAAGACACCCGCUCUGGGUCUCCUUGUCCGCCCCCACGUGGAAUCCGACAAUUUGUGCCGACAAAACUUCCUCCCCAGUCUCAACUUGACCCUGAUACCCUAGCAGCAUUGCCCGAUGAUGUUCGUAACGAAGUCUUGGGAUACUACAACAACUCAUCGGGUGCCGGCGACCCUCCAACACCAGCGGCAGCCCCUGCAGCCCCUGUCCAACAGCCACCGCCCGCUCCCUCUCUUAAGCUGAAAAGACCAUUUUCACCACCCAAGAAGAGACGUGGCCGUCCACCAAAGAGCGCAUCACUUGGAAACAAGGCUAAGCCUCUCACUCAGUCGAGCUUUGCCCUCCCACCAGCAGCUGUAUCUGCUGAGAUCGAGGAAGAUAGUUCAUCAAGACAGGCACCACUUAGUGCCGAAGAACCAAUAGAGGCUUCUGCUGAGUUUCUUGCGGCUUUACCUGAGGAUAUUCGACAAGAAGUGAUAGCGGAACAAAAACGUACCCGCAUGUUACAACGCCCACGACCGCUUACACCUCUACAAAGACCCCCAUCCCAGGGCCAAGGACAAAUUGCCUCUGCUGCACAAGUCCCAGUAGAGAAACGCCUCUCCCUCCCUCCGCUCCCCAGACGACCUGUAUUUACAUCGCAGCGCCUCUCGAAAUUGCCAGAUCUCAGAGAUGCCGUCGGCUCAUGGCAUGAGGCAUUCGCAACAAGUGGCCCAUACAACGAAGACGUCACAUCAUUAUGUACAUAUCUCAGCAGCGUGACUCUGAAAGAGAAAGACCUGAACAAAGCUGUCUCAGUGGUUCGCUGGCUAAUGUGGCUAGUCGUUGAGCACUCGCGAGAGCAGAGACUAGAAGAGCCGCACGGGUCCCGACCUGAAGGAACUGUCACCUGGGACCAGGCUAUCUUGACGAUGCAAAACAGCGUUCAAGGUGCCUUAGAAGAGAGAGGAGUACCUCCUGUGGACUUUGAGUAG